AUGGAAGGUAUAAUGACGAGUACUUCAACUAAUAACCAUGCUCACUUGGAUGCGCCUGCAAAUAAUGGACUUCGAAUGGGUGCAGGCGAGUGGGCCCAGCAAAACGAAGCUGACAUAAACCAAAUUCUGUUGAAAAUGAUGGAGAAUAAGCCCUCCGAGUGCUAUAGAACCACUUUGGAAUCUGGUGGGAACAAGGAGACUUGUGGUGAAAAGAGAGGGGAUUUCUACAGCCAGUACAAGGAGAAGAGGGAUGAGAAGCUUCGAUCUGAAACCUCCAGAAAGAGGGCUGAGAAGGAAUUGCAAUUCAAAAUGAUGCAGGAAGCCCUUGAUCAGAGGAAAGCAGAAAUGCGUUCUAAUGCCUUGGGUGCCCCCGCAAUGGUAGAUUUAUCAGCUCAUCCUCAAAAAUCGAGGAGGAACUCUUGUCCUCCUGUUUUACCCAAAAAGGAGCCAUCAAGAUCAGCUGUCUCAAAGAAGCCAGCAACCAAGUCAUCGUCACCAAAACCCGUCACUCACAGUUCAUCUCCAUCAGCUCCCUCCUCAAGAACAAUGGCUGUGGCAUCCACUAGAAGUUCUUCCAGAGCAGUUUCCAGCAGCACACCAAUUCUUCGGAAACCUCAACCAGCGCCCACCUCCACCAGCUCUGGCCCCGAGACAGAGAAAUCCAUGCUUCGACCGUCAGGCUCGAGUGGGAGCCAAGCUCAGGGCAAAAUUGUCGCGAGGAGCAAGGAAAAUAAGAAGCAGAGUUCACUGAGCGGCAGGAGAAUCACAAGAACGAAGGUUUCAGCUCAGGGAAACGAGAUAAAUGAAGUUCUAGCCAAGGCUGAUUCACGCAGCAAGGUUACUAAGAAGAGCAGUGUGGUGCCAGUGGAAGCGAAGCCAUUCUUGAAGAAGGGUGGUCUCAGAUCAGUAACACCAACGGCACUACCUCCUCAGUCUGAUGGCUCCCUGAGAACCAGUGAGAAUCUUGCGCAAGAAGAGAUGAAAGAUCCUGCCAUGGGCAUGGCUGAGGCAGUUCUUCAACCAUCCGAGGAGGUUUCAACGCAAGCAACAACUAGUAAUGGUGAAAAUUCUGAAACAGAGGAUCUGGGUCCUGCUCCUGAUGUGGGUCUCAGUGUCAUAAAGCUUCCAGUACUCUUCUCUGAGAAGAACCAACCUGGUGAAGAAGAGACAGAAACAGGCCACCAGGGGUCGUCUGAGGCUUGUGGCAGCUCCAUGGCGCAGGCUGCAUCUUCAGCUAUCAUACCGGUGGCGCCACCUAGCCCUCUCUCACUGCAUUCGGAGAUGAUUGAGUGGGGCAAUGCCGAAAAACCGCCGGCAUUAGUGUAUCACAAGGAGCCGCCAAAGGGGUUGAGGAGGCUCUUUAUGUUUGGUCAGAAGAGAAAGGGAGAUGUGAAUGCUCUCAGUCGCUCCACUCCCUGUGUGUUCUCCAAAGGACUUGGAGAUACAGAGGAGGGCAAGUCUGCGAGCAAGAGAGCCGUGGAUGCCCAAGAAGAAGGCCUCGGACAGCAGAAGACGGUGUCUAGCGGGGAAAGCAUGGACUCCUGCGCUGCCUCUGACUUUUUUCCAGGUACAGACCCAUCAAAAUUUCUUCCUUUUUUUCAUUAAUUUAAUAUUAUUUAUAUACAUAUAUUCAUAAGAAAGGUCGAAAAAGGUUUUAUGGGCCAAGAAAAUACUCUCUCCAGACUAGGGAUGGCCUUUCAUCUGGGCUUUGACGAAUCUUCGCUAUGACUGCAGCCCAAUCGAGCGCAGGAGACCUCCCGCUGCUGAAUCCAUCCAAGCUGAGAGAAGGAAGCCCGUCAUCUGCUGUGGUCUCGACAAGAGGUAA